AUGGACGUGUUCGGUUUGGUCAACGGUUCUUCCCGGCCCGUGGUUCUGACCGGUGGUCUGGACUCGCCCGAGGCCUUGCUGACCCGUCCGUUAUUAUUGGACCUGGAAGACAGUACCAAGCAUCUGGGGGUUCAAGUGGUUCUGAUUCUGGCCUACAGCACCAUCAUCCUGCUGGGUGUGGUGGGAAAUUCUCUGGUUAUCUACGUAGUGUACAAAUUCAGAACUCUCCGCACCGUCACAAACUUCUUCAUUGCUAACCUGGCAGUAGCGGACCUGCUGGUCAACAUGCUGUGUCUUCCCUUCACUCUGGCCUACACUUUACUCGGGCAGUGGAAGUUUGGCCAAGCGCUUUGUUUCACUUUACCGUACGCCCAGGGUCUUGCUGUCCAUGUCUCCACUGUGACCCUGAAUGUAAUUGCACUCGAUCGCCACAGAUGCAUCGUUCAUCAUCUGGAAACACGGCUCUCGAAAGUCACCUGCUUUCUGGUCAUUGCUCUCACCUGGGUUGUUAGUGCUGUCCUGGCGAGCCCACUGGCCAUCUUUAGAGAGUAUGGGAUUGUUGAUCUCUCUCCAGGUGAAUCCAUUGAAGUGUGUGGAGAGAAGUGGCCAGGGAGCGGCACGGACAGCACGCUGUACUCAGUCUCCAUGCUGCUGAUUCAGUACGUUUUUCCGCUCGCUGUCAUUUCCUUCGCAUACGUCCGGAUCUGGAGUAAACUGCGUAAUCACGUAAACCCUGCUGGCCGCAACCACGCUCAUCACCGUCUCCAUAAAACCACUAAGAUGCUCGUCACCAUGGUGGUGGUGUUUGCAGUGAGCUGGCUGCCGUUCCAUGCCUUCCAGCUGGCGAUUGACAUUGACAGCAGUGUCCUGGUGAUGAGAGACUUCAGGCUUUUGUACACAGUGUUCCACAUCAUGGCCAUGUGCUCCACCUUCGCCAACCCGCUCCUCUACGGCUGGAUGAACAGAAACUACAGAAGAGCCUUCAUGGCUGUCUUUCCAUGUGAGAAACAGCUGGACUCUGCGCACCCUGAGGGUCACAAUGCUGUGAAGGGUCACACCAAAAAGGCUCUCCAGGUCCAUAAUGGACUUAGAACACAACAUAAUGCCACAGAUGUCUGAGGUAACUUAAAAAUAGUUCAUGCUGAUCAGCCAGACAAAACCCACAUGCAUCAUCAUCAUCAUCUUCAUCACCAUCAUCACCAACAUCGUCAUCAUUAUCUUCAUCAUCAUCUUCAUCACCAUCAUCACCAACAUCGUCAUCA